AUGAGCUCGCUGGUUCAUCUUCAACCACCCAACCAAUCUACCAACGGCUCUUUGAGUCCCUCCCCCUAUGGGUUGAUUGACUGUAGGCCCCUCCCCAUCUGCCUGGAGGCCCACCCCCUCUGGUCUAUCACAUUGAAAUAUUACGGAUUUGACUUUGGUUCAGUAGUUUCAUCAGAGGUUGUUGAAUUACAUCAUGUGGUUGAAGACAACAGAAACAGACAGAUUGUACACACUGUACCAGUUAACAGACAGAUUGUACACACUGUACCAGUUAACAGACAGAUUGUACACACUGUACCAGUUAACAGACAGAUUGUACACACUGUACCAGUUAACAGACAGAUUGUACACACUGUACCAGUUAACAGACAGAUUGUACACACUGUACCAGUUAACAGACAGAUUGUACACACUGUACCAGUUAACAGACAGAUUGUACACACUGUACCAGUUAACAGACAGAUUGUACACACUGUACCAGUUAACAGACAGAUUGUACAUACUGUACCAGUUAACAGACAGAUUGUACACACUGUACCAGUUAACAGACAGAUUGUACACACUGUACCAGUUAACAGACAGAUUGUACACACUGUACCAGUUAACAGACAGAUUGUACACACUGUACCAGUUAACAGACAGAUUGUACACACUGUACCAGUUAACAGACAGAUUGUACACACUGUACCAGUUAACAGACAGAUUGUACACACUGUACCAGUUAACAGACAGAUUGUACACACUGUACCAGUUAACAGACAGAUUGUACACACUGUACCAGUUAACAGACAGAUUGUACACACUGUACCAGUUAACAGACAGAUUGUACACACUGUACCAGUUAACAGACAGAUUGUACACACUGUACCAGUUAACAGACAGAUUGUACACACUGUACCAGUUAACAGACAGAUUGUACACACUGUACCAGUUAACAGACAGAUUGUACAUACUCUACCAGUUAUCAACAGACAGAUUGUACACACUGUACCAGUUAACAGACAGAUUGUACACACUGUACCAGUUAACAGACAGAUUGUACACACUGUACCAGUUAACAGACAGAUUGUACACACUGUACCAGUUAACAGACAGAUUGUACACACUGUACCAGUUAACAGACAGAUUGUACACACUGUACCAGUUAACAGACAGAUUGUACAUACUCUACCAGUUAUCAACAGACAGAUUGUACACACUGUACCAGUUAACAGACAGAUUGUACACACUGUACCAGUUAACAGACAGAUUGUACACACUGUACCAGUUAACAGACAGAUUGUACACACUGUACCAGUUAACAGACAGAUUGUACAUACUGUACCAGUUAACAGACAGAUUGUACACACUGUACCAGUUAACAGACAGAUUGUACACACUGUACCAGUUAACAGACAGAUUGUACAUACUCUACCAGUUAUCAACAGACAGAUUGUACACACUGUACCAGUUAACAGACAGAUUGUACACACUGUACCAGUUAACAGACAGAUUGUACACACUGUACCAGUUAACAGACAGAUUGUACACACUGUACCAGUUAACAGACAGAUUGUACACACUGUACCAGUUAACAGACAGAUUGUACACACUGUACCAGUUAACAGACAGAUUGUACACACUGUACCAGUUAACAGACAGAUUGUACACACUGUACCAGUUAACAGACAGAUUGUACACACUGUACCAGUUAACAGACAGAUUGUACACACUGUACCAGUUAACAACAGACAGAUUGUACAUACUGUACCAGUUAACAGACAGAUUGUACACACUGUACCAGUUAACAGACAGAUUGUACACACUGUACCAGUUAACAGACAGAUUGUACACACUGUACCAGUUAACAACAGACAGAUUGUACAUACUGUACCAGUUAACAGACAGAUUGUACACACUGUACCAGUUAACAGACAGAUUGUACAUACUGUACCAGUUAAGACAGAUUGUACACACUGUACCAGUUAACAACAGACAGAUUGUACAUACUGUACCAGUUAACAGACAGAUUGUACACACUGUACCAGUUAAGACAGAUUGUACACACUGUACCAGUUAACAACAGACAGAUUGUACAUACUGUACCAGUUAACAGACAGAUUGUACACACUGUACCAGUUAACAGACAGAUUGUACACACUGUACCAGUUAACAGACAGAUUGUACACACUGUACCAGUUAACAACAGACAGAUUGUACAUACUGUACCAGUUAACAGACAGAUUGUACACACUGUACCAGUUAACAGACAGAUUGUACAUACUGUACCAGUUAAGACAGAUUGUACACACUGUACCAGUUAACAACAGACAGAUUGUACAUACUGUACCAGUUAACAGACAGAUUGUACACACUGUACCAGUUAACAGACAGAUUGUACACACUGUACCAGUUAACAGACAGAUUGUACACACUGUACCAGUUAACAGACAGAUUGUACACACUGUACCAGUUAACAGACAGAUUGUACACACUGUACCAGUUAACAAGACAGAUUUUCCUAUUGAUUUGGGCCUUUUCUCUUCUUUUGCCCUGUCUGGUCUUUAUUGGCUGUAAAAGCAGAGCGGUGUUUUAUGUGUUUGUUUGAGAAGAGGAGAGUCUGACCUUGUCAGAGUCGUUGAUACGGUACAAGAGAGGAGCCUUCACCCAGGCUCUAUUGCAGGGUGUAGGUAGGUAGGUAUGCCUGGGGGGUGGGGGCUAUGUAUACAGUGUACAGAUUAUCGCUUGCUUCUCAGCCUUGAGCGUAUAGCUAGCACCACAAUAGAAAGCCAGGACAAACUGCUCUGGUCCGUCAGUGUGAUGUACGUAAACAAGCAAUAACAAUUACUUCAGAAUCUUACGUUUUGAUUUUGUUUUGUUGUGCAGAUUCUUUCCUGGAAACACAUUGUUUGCUCUGCGGUCCGUCGGAAAUUAAAACACUGCUAAUUUUUUAUUUCAGUUUAUAUAUUUUUUUUUAAAUCUCUCUCAUCCAAAUGAUACGUUCAUGGCAGAGGAUGCAGCAGCAGUGUAGACGGGGAGGGAGUGUGGUGGUGAACCUUACUAACCCUCAUGUUAACACACAGGGUGCAUCCUAAAUGGAACACCAUGCCCUACAUACUUUUAACCAGAGCCCUCUGGCAUCAUAUUCCCUCGCCCCUGUAACGGGUAUAGUGACAUCAUAUUCCCUCGCCGCUGUAACGGGUAUAAUGACAUCAUAUUCCCUCUCCCCUCUAGCAGGUAUAAUGACAUCAUAUUCCCUCGCCCCUCUAGCAGGUAUAAUGACAUCAUAUUCCCUCGCCCCUCUAGCAGGUAUAAUGUCAUCAUAUUCCCUCGCCCCUCUAGCAGGCAUAAUGACAUAAUUUCCCCUCGCCCCUCUAGCAGGUAUAAUGACAUCAUAUUCCCUCGCCCCUCUAACGGGUAUAAUGACAUCAUAUUAUGGUCACUGUAGAUCCUUUGUUGCGUCACAGUCAGACCUCAUAACUACAUCUUUCCACCAAUCCUGAAAUGUUGCAGCCUGGUCCCCGUAUGAUUGUGUUCUUGCUUACUCCAUUGUUGUCGUCGUCAACUCAACUUGGCAUGACCAUUAGUGACAAGGAGUUGGCAUGAUGGCACAAACAGACUGGUGCUCACGCUAGCAAUGUUGACAUUACUUAUGAUAAUAAGCCAGACAUUACUAUGGAGGACAAGCCAAAUAUCCCAUGCCGCGUAAAUGGGGUUAUGGAUUCCACCAGCCUUUCGUUACAUUGAUGAUGAAGGACAGAGGCGGACUUAGCUGUGUUUCAUCAGUCUCAAAUGAAACAGGCCCCCAAAACAGCUGAAUCCACCCCUGCUGAAGAGGGUACAGGGUUUAUUAGCAGCCCAGACAGUAUGAUAGUCCAUCACCCUCAGAGAAACAUGCAACGCCACCUCGUAGUGUGUGACUGUCUGUAUGUGAGGAGAGAUUGCAGUGUGUGUGUGUGUGUGUGUGUGUGUGUGUGUGUGUGUGUGUGUGUGUGUGUGUGUGUGUGUGUGUGUGUGU